AUGACAAAUAAAGCGGAUGAAGAAAUUUCAGAAAUGAAAUAUGAAAAUGAGCAAAUGAAUGAUUUGAAAAUUAAUAGAUGGAUUGUUUUAGUAAUAUAUUCGAUUGUUGCUUCAAUAGGAACUUUUGUACAUGGGGGUUUUAGUGGAUGGCAACCAAUUAUUUACAAAAGUGGAGCAUUUAGUGAAUUAUGUAAACAAGGAGAUGUAAUAGAAUCAUUUAAAGUUGAUGAGAAUAAUAUUUAUGAAACAUGUGGUAAUCGAGAUGCAGCUGUAAAUAAUUUAUUCACAAUAUCAUUUUUUGUUCAUUUUUUUUUAUCAUCAAUUAGUGGAUAUGUAUUAGAUACAUUUGGAGAAAGAGUAUGUUUUUUAUGGGGACAAUCCAUAUUAGCAUUAGGGUUUAUAUUAUUAAGCAUAAUUAAACAUUCAUAUGCUUGGUAUGCUUUUUUUGUAUGUUUGGGUAUAUCAGCUGAUUUAUCAUUUAUUCCAUUAUUAAAAAUAUCUAAAUAUUUUAACAAAAAAGAAUCAUUAGUAUUUGGAAUAUUAGGAUCUGCUAGAUCUACUGGAUUUGGAAUUGGACUAUUAUUAAAAAUUGCAUUUUUUUAUACUUUUAAUUUUAAAACUAAUGAUUUUUAUAUUUUAUGUAUAUUUUAUUUACUUACUUGUAGUUUAUUUUCAUUUAUGGUUGGGUUAUUUAUUGUACCAAAAAAAUAUAAUAAAGUUUCAAAAAUAGGUAGCGAAAUUGCUACUGGAUCAUCUCAUACAGAUAAGAAACCAAAAGUAGAUAUGAUAAAUGAUAUAGAUAAAAUUGAAAUGGGUAACAAAAAUAAUAAUUUAAGUAACAGUAAUAAAGAUGGUUUAUUUGAAAAAAUCAAACUUUUAUGGGGUCAUAAAAAAAAAUGGGAAUAUUUAAUAACAACAUUUAUUUGCAGUAGUAGUAUGAUCAAAUUUGAUUAUUUUAUGAAAACAAACAGAUCAAUAUUUAUAUGGAAUAAUAAUGAUUUAACAACAAUAUUUUCUAUAGCCACAAUUUUAUCAUUUAUACCGACUCCAUUAUUUGGAUAUUUAGCAGGAAAGUUUGGAUCAGUAUAUAGUAUUAUAACUAAUAACACAUUUGGAUCAUUAGCUUAUUUGUUAAUAUUAUUUGAUUCAGUAUAUUGUCGAAUGGCUGCAAUAUUUUUAUUCUUUUUGUAUAUAUCAUUUUUAUUUUCAUGCUUUUAUUGUUAUGUUGAUGAAAAAUAUUCAAAAGAACAUUUUGGAAAAUUAUGUGGAAUUAUGUUUGCAGUUAGUGCACUAUUUUUAUUUUUGAAUUUUUAUCUGACAUAUUUAACAAAUGUUGUAUAUAUUAAUAUGGGAGAAAAAAAAUAUUUUCCAGUUGCUUAUGGCUUAAACGUCCUUGGAAUUAUUGCCUUAUUAUCUUGUAUAUACUUAAAGGUUUCAGAAAUACGAGAAAAGAGGGCAUCAAAUGAAGCUUAA